UGACACUUUUUGCGAACAUGGAAUUUGAAGGAUCGUUGUUUACGUAUUAUGAACCUGGUCGGCUAACGGCUUUUGAAAGCGGGCCAAAGGAUUCGUCCAAAACCGUAGUGUUUGUUGGAGGGUUGGGUGAUGGUUUUAAUGCUGUGCCUUUUCUCGUGCCUCUUAAUAAGACAUUGAACGAAGCCGGCUGGUCUCUUAUCCAAGUCUACUUGUCCUCCAGUUACUCUGGUUACGGCAUAUCCAACCUGCAAAAAGAUACAAAAGAACUUGAUUAUCUCGUUCGGUUUCUCUGUGAAAAACGUGGAAAAUCAACCAUCGUGUUCUUGGGUCACUCAACAGGAAGCCAGGAUUGUUAUUGGCAUAACAAAUACGGCGAGACAAGAGAUCGUAUAACUGGAUACAUCUUGCAAGCGCCCGUAUCCGAUCGAGAGUAUAUGCAAAAGUGUAUGCCCGAUUAUCAAAAGAUGUUACGUAUCGCAAAAGAGAUGCGUGCUCAAGGGAAAGGGCAGCAUUUGAUGCCCAUCGUAGAUGACACGCCUAUUACGGCGGACCGAUACUAUUCUUUGGCAGCUUUUGGAGGCGAUGACGAUGUGUUUUCGUCGGAUUUGCCGGAUGAUGUGCUUGAGAAACUGUACUCUGGUGUGGAGCGACCCAUGAUGCUUGUGCAUGGAAGUGCGGAUGAAUGCUUUCCUGACAAUGUGAGCAUGCUCGACUUGCUGGAACGAUUCAAGUCAUUCAGUCCGGCCAUCAAGAGAAUCGAAGUGAUUCCCGACGGCGAUCACUGCUAUACGGAUAAAGAUGCUCAACAACAACUAAUUUCGGUUGUCAUGUCUUUCCUGGAUACCAUUGCUUAGUGGGUAUCUUUGAAUAGAACAUCAAACGGUUAUGCAUGGUCUGCGCCGCGAUAUCUUUAGCUGACAUUCUCAUUAAUUAUAUCACGAUCAAUGACAUAUGUGCCUGUGCUUGUUCUUUUUUUUUUAAGCGACUUAUGUUCGAGUAUGCUGAUCAUGCUCAUUGUUUGUUGAUAAUAAACUGCCGAUCCAUGGUUGAAGCCAGUUCUAUAUCCUGAC